AUGUAUCUUGAUGCUAUCAGUCAAAACAGAGAGUGGAAGCGGUCUGACUUUAGAGACAUGGUCAGUGUGGGACUUAAAGCUCAUGUUACUUUAGCUCAAGCUAGAAAGGCUAAAAAGAAGACACUUGCAUUAAUUGAUGGAGAUGUGAAAGAACAAUUUUCUAUCCUUUGGGACUACUGCUUUGAAAUUGGAAGGUCAAAUCCUGGAAAUUCAAUGUAUAUGAAGCUAACUCAAAACGAAAUGCCGAAUAAACCAUAUAGAUUUCAAAGAAUCUAUGUUUGUUUUGCUGCUUGUAAGGAGGGGUUGAAGGCUGGAUGUAGAAAAAUAUUGGGUCUGGAUGGGUGUUGGUUGAAGGGUCAAAUGUAUGGAUAUCAGUUGUUGACUGCAGUUGGCUUGGAUGCCAAUAAUAAUAUUUUUCUAGUGGCCUAUGCAGUUGUAGAAAAGGAAACUAGGGAGACAUGGUCAUGGUUUUUGACCUACUUAAUUGAUGAUUUGGAGAUUAAUGAUCAAGCUGAUUGGACCUUUAUGUCUGACAAACAAAAAGAUCUCAUUGAAGCGUUUAAUGAAGUUUUGCCAUCUAUAAGUCAUAGAUUUUGCGUGAGACAUCUUCAUAAUAAUUUCAAGAGGACUGGUUUUAGUGGUUCCUCACUAAAAUGUGCACUUUGGGCUGCUGCAAGUGCUACAACUGUGGAAUUUUUUAAUGCUCGCAUCAAUAACAUUGUUAAAUUGGAUGUCGAAGUUGUUGUAUGGUUGAAAGAAAAGGAACCUACUGAAUGGUCUAAAUCACAUUUUUCUCCCAAUGCUAAGUGUGAUAUUUUGUUGAAUAAUAUGUGUGAAUUGUUUAAUAGUAUGAUACUUGAUGCUCGAGAUUAG